CUUGUCAGAUAUUAGCGUGACUGAAUUUAUGUAUACGCAUACAAUCUUUUGCUACUUGCUAAUAUGUACUCUCUUUUUAAUAAGCUAUAAACCAUUGCUUCCAAUUUAUAUCCACAACCACAAGAGAAAAGCAAAAAACACAUCACACUGAAUUCGAUUGAAAACAGUGAGACAAAUCCUGGGUUAUUAUCAAACAACAGCUUUUCUUUUUAUUAUCUUUGAUCUUAAUAAUUUAAUAAAGUUAUAUAAGUUGAGUGGUGGAGGCGGUGGUGCUGAUUCAGAGAGUGGGGUAUUGGGAGGAGAGAGAGAGAGAGGAGAGAGGUAAAGGGGACAGAACAUUCUGAAGAGUUUCAGAUUUGCACUAAAGGGAGAAGGAAGACGAAGAAACAACAGCUCAUCUUCUUUUGAUUCUCUCUGUUUUUUCUCUUUCUUUCUUUCUUUGGUUUUUUUGUUGGAUUGCUGUUUUGUGUUUUGUCGGAUUACUCUUGGAUUAGAUAGGAGUUCUCUGUUCCUCUCUCUGUCUACUACAACACAGCAGCAGCAAUAUAGCCCACACUUUUUGCCUCUGUCUUUGUUUCAUUUCAUCGACUUGGUCCUAAAGAAGGUUUCUUUUUUUUCCACCAAAGGUAAGAGAUUCCAAGUUAAGAGAAGAAGAGAGCAGAACAAAAAUCUAUUUCUGGUUUGUUUAUUUGUGAGAAAUGAAGUUUAUGAAACUUGGGUCCAAACCGGAUUCGUUUCAGUCUGAUGAAGAUUGCAUAAGAUAUGUAGCAACGGAGUUAGCGACUGAUGUAGUUGUAAAUGUUGGAGACGUGAAAUUCUAUCUUCAUAAGUUCCCUCUUCUGUCCAAGAGUGCUCGUCUUCAGAAGUUGAUCGCCACAACCACGACCGAUGAACAAUCUGAUGAUGAAAUCCGCAUUCCCGAUAUCCCGGGAGGGCCUCCAGCGUUUGAGAUAUGCGCGAAAUUCUGUUACGGAAUGACUGUGACUCUCAACGCAUACAAUGUUGUAGCUGUGCGUUGCGCUGCUGAGUAUCUCGAGAUGUAUGAAUCGAUUGAAAGCGGGAAUCUUGUUUACAAGAUCGAGGUUUUCUUGAACUCGAGUGUUUUAAGAAGCUGGAAAGACUCCAUCAUAGUUCUCCAGACGACAAGAUCAUUUUAUCCAUGGUCCGAAGAUGUGAAAAUCGAUGUACGGUGUCUGGAGUCAAUCGCUUUGAAAGCUGCUAUUGAUCCAGCAAGAGUAGAUUGGUCUUAUACGUAUAACCGAAGAAAGCUUAUUCCGCCUGAGAUUAACAACAAUGGUGUACCAAGAGACUGGUGGAUCGAGGAUCUCGCCGAGCUUAGUAUUGAUUUAUUCAAAAGAGUGAUUUCGACUAUCAGACGAAAAGGCGGGGUUUUGCCUGAGGUUAUCGGAGAAGCUCUCGAGGUAUAUGCAGCGAAGAGAAUUCCUUGUUUCAUGAUCCAAAACGAUGAUAAUGAUGAUGAAGAUGUGAUGGAAGAAAGAUCUUUGUUGGAGACAUUGGUUUCGAUGUUGACUAGUGAGAAACAGAGUGUUUCUUGUGGAUUCUUGAUCAAGCUAUUGAAAUGUUCUGUUUCUUUGGAAUGUGGAGAAGAAGAGAGGAAAGAGUUAAGUAGAAGAAUCGGAGAGAAGCUAGAGGAAGCAAAUGUAGCUGAUCUCUUGAUCAGAGCUCCAGAGGGAGGUGAAACAGUCUAUGACAUUGACAUUGUUGAAACCUUAAUAGAUGAGUUUCUUACACAGACACAGAGAAGGGACGAGCUUGAUUGUUCAGACGAAGGGAAUGGGUUUGUUUCAGACAGUUCAAAAGGAAAUGUCGCCAAGUUAAUCGAUGGAUACUUAGCUGAAAUCUCCAGAAUCGAACCCAAUUUGUCUCCUUUAAAGUUCAUCACAGUAGCAGAAAAAGUUUCGAAUUUCCCAAGAUCAUCACACGAUGGUGUUUAUCGUGCCAUUGACAUGUUCUUGAAGCAACAUCCAGGAAUAACAAAGAGCGAGAAGAAAUCUCUAUGUCGAUUAAUGGAUUGCCGGAAAUUAUCGCCGGAGGCUUGUGCUCACGCCGUGCAAAACGAGAGGUUACCAUUACGAGUCGUUGUGCAGAUCCUCUUCUUCGAGCAAGUUCGUGCGACUUGUCCCACCACGAAACCUUCUCUUCCACCGAGUGGCUCUCACGGGAGCUCGAGGACAACGACGGAAGAAGAGUGUGACUCAGUCACGGCCACGGAGGAGACGACGAGAGACAAGACGAGUAGUUCUGAGAAGAGUAAAGCUAAAGGAGUUGUAAUGUCUCGAAUUUUCUCGAAGCUUUGGACAGGUAAAGAUAAAGAUGGUGUUGGAGAUGUUAGUAGCUCGGAUACAUCUGAAAGUCCUGGCUCAGUCACUACCGUCGGUGAUAAAUCGACGCCGUCGACUCGCCGGAGAAGAUCAUCGUCUUGACUUUAGACAAAUUGGGCUUUUCUAAAUUAGGGCUUUUCUUUAAGCUAACUUUGCUUUAGAUCAAAGUUGGGUUUUUGUUUUGGUUAUUACAACCCAAAGUCAUUGGUUAUGUAACCGUUACAAUUUUGAGAAAUCCAAAUUCUAAUGUUGCCUUUUAGUUUUGUCAA